AGCGACGAUGUCGUCUAUCCCGAUCGUCCCUGUCUCUCUCACGGCGAUCGCGGUCUUCAUGACGAUGGCGGUCACGCGAACGACUACGACUACGACGGCGUUCGCGGUCCCGAGAGCGUGAUCUGA